CAAUGAAUUUCCUCAUAAUCAUGGACCACAUUUCCUUUUCUCAUUUUAUUUUAGGACAAAAUGCUAAUAGAUUGUCGUGUGCAGUAGGGUAUACUGAUUCAGGAAAAUAAGUGUUAUUGGUUGUAAUGUGGAAAAAGUCAGAUAAGGAGGCCGCUUUCAUAAAUGUCCAGCCAUCAAUGUGUAAGGACUAGAACCAUACACACUUGCAUUUGUCCUGACCCUUCUUUUUGCCGAAUACAUGUAGUGUUCAAGGUCUAUGUCGUUUUAGCUUGUUAGGUACUCCAUUGGGGUUUAUGAAUCAUAGGGGUUUAUGAUCUAUAUUUUGAGUUUUUAGAGGGAUAAUCAAGGAGGUCUAAAACUAGAAAUCAAUGGGAACGCUUUCCUUUAUUUCCAUUUUUACUUGUUUACUCUUUUUGUUCUUCAAAGUUCCAUUUGCAGCAGUAGAUAGCAUUACUCGAUCCCAAUCUAUUAGCGAUGGAAGUACCUUAGUUAGCAAAGAGGGAAGCUUUGAACUGGGUUUCUUCAGUCCUGGUAGUUCCAAGAAUAGGUACUUGGGAAUAUGGUACAAGAAUAUCCCAGUUAAAACUGUUGUUUGGGUUGCAAACAGACUCAACCCAAUCAAUGACACGUCUGGCUUGUUAAUGAUAAACAGCACAAGUGGUCUUGUGCUUAUGAGUAACAAUAAGAGUGUUGUUUGGUCCACAGGAUUAGGAACACAAAUACAAGCCAAUAAUCCUGUAUUGCAGCUCUUAGACUCUGGAAAUCUUGUACUAAGAGAUGGAAAUUCAGAAAUCGCUUUGUGGGAAAGCUUUGAUUAUCCAUCUGAUACAUUGUUACCAGGAAUGAAGAUGGGAUGGGACUUGAGGAAAGGUAUUAAGCGGCGUUUUACAGCUUGGAAAAGUCCAGAUGAUCCUUCUCCGGGAGAUUUAACAUAUGGGAUUGAAAUGCAACCUCCUUCACAGCCUGAGGCUUAUAUUAUGAAAGGCAGCAAAAAGUUCUACCGGAGUGGUCCAUGGAAUGGCCUUCGGCAUAGUGGUGCACAGGCAAUGAAGCCUAAUCCGCUUUAUGCUUUCGACUUUGUCUCUAAUGAGGAUGAGGUUUAUUACAUCUACAGCCUCAGAAAUAAUUCUGUAAUCACAAGGUUAGUUUUGAACCAAACCAGCUCUUCUCGUGAACGCUAUACAUGGAUUGAAGCAGAGAAAGUUUGGAGGCUAUAUUCAUCAGUACCUAGAGACUACUGUGACAAUUAUGGCCUUUGUGGAGCCAAUGGAAAUUGUAUCCUUAGUGGGUCACCAGUUUGCCAAUGUUUAGAAGGAUUUGAGCCUAAAUCACAAGAAAAAUGGAGCUUAAUGGACUGGUCUCAAGGUUGUGUACGCAAUAAACCACUGAGCUGCCAUAAAGAUGGGUUUGUUAAAUUUAUUGAGUUGAAAUUGCCAGAUACUACAAAUUCGUGGGCGAACAAAAGUAUGAGCCUCAAAGAAUGCAGGGAUAAAUGCUUGAACAAUUGUUCUUGUAUGGCUUAUACAAACUCAGAUAUUAGAGGAGAAGGUAGUGGCUGUGCGCUUUGGUUUGGUGAUUUAGUGGAUAUUAGACAGUUUCCAGCUGGUGGGCAAGAACUGUAUAUCAGAAUGUCAGCCUCAGAGAUAGAGGCAAGGAAAGGUUGUAGGAUGAAGAGAGCAGUGAUAGUUGCUGUGUCCCUUGCUGUAGUUUCUGGAAUGCUCUUAAUAAUUGGCUUUUACAUAUGCAGAAGCAGGACAAAGUUAAGAGAGAGGAAUGAAGUUGUACGCCAUAAGAAUAAUGAAGGCCAAAACGAAGACCUUGAGCUCCCUUUCUUAGACUUAUCCACAAUAGCUAGUGCCACUGAUAACUUUGAAAUCAAUAAUAAGCUUGGGGAAGGUGGUUUUGGACCUGUUUACAAGGGUAUACUAAAGGAUGGACAAGAAAUUGCUGUCAAGAGACUUUCCACGAGUUCUGGACAAGGAUUGAAUGAGUUCAAAAAUGAAGUAAGAUUGAUUGCCAAGCUUCAACACCGAAAUCUUGUAAAGCUUCUUGCUUGCUGCAUUCAGGAGGAAGAAAAAAUGCUGGUUUAUGAAUACAUGCCGAACAAAAGCCUGGACUCCUUCAUUUUCGAUCAAACAAAAAGUAAAAUGUUAGAUUGGUCCAAGCGCUUCCACAUCAUAUGCGGAAUUGCUCGAGGGCUUCAAUAUCUUCAUCAAGAUUCCAGAUUGAGAAUUAUACAUAGAGAUCUCAAAGCAAGUAAUGUUUUACUUGAUAGUGAGAUGAACCCUAAAAUUUCAGACUUUGGCAUGGCUAGAACUUUCGGAGGAGAUCAAUUAGAAGGAAACACAAAUAGAGUGGUUGGAACUUAUGGUUAUAUGGCACCAGAAUAUGCUUUUGAUGGGCAAUUCUCAACCAAAUCUGAUGUCUUUAGUUUUGGGAUUUUAUUGUUGGAGAUCAUUAGUGGGAAGAAAAGUAGAGGGUUUUACCAUCCAAACCACAGCCAUAAUCUUAUUGGAAUUGCAUGGAUACUUUGGAAUAAAGGAAGGCCUUUAGAUUUGAUUGAUGAAUGUUUAGGAGAAACAUGCACAUUGUCGGAAGUGCUCCGUUGUAUCCAUCUUAGCCUCCUAUGCGUGCAACAGCGUCCUGAGGAUAGGCCAAGUAUGUCAUCUGUGGUUGUGGGUUUAGGCAGUGAGAGUGCAUUGCCUCAGCCCAAAAAACCUGGUUUCUUCUUGGAAAAAGAUUCAAAUGUAGCACAUGGUUUCUCAAGUAAGCACGAAUCAUCUUCAACCAAUGAAGUAACAAUUACAAUAUUGGAGGCUCGUUAAGAAUUUUUUACUAAUGCAGUACUACUGUAACUGUACAAUGUUGUCGAUACAAAACGAAUCAUCAAUAUAAUUGUAAAUUGUAUACC